AUGGUGUCUAGAGAGGUAAUGAACCUGAUAGCAGUGGUCCUGGUCACUAGACUGGGAAUGUGGACCCUUCUAGAAACUAGCAGUGUGGUCUCCAUUGAGAAGCCUCUGCUGGGAGCAGAAGCAGAUGUCACUGGGGGCGGGGCUGGCAUCCGCUUCCAGCUCAGCGGAGACUGGAGCUCACAUCUGGACUUCUUCCCGAGUGGCCGGUUCUCUGCUGCCUUUCUUGGGGACAUUGCUCUGGAUGAGGAAGACUUGAGGACCUUCCAGGCGCAGCAAGCUGCAGAUCUCAGACAGCGAACAGCCCGCAGGUCAUCCAUUAGAGCUGCAGGAAACUCUUCUGUCCCUGGCUGCCCGAGCUGUGGUGGGCAGGCGCAGAGGGAACCCCGGGGGAGAUGGCGAGGCAGACCCCGGAGCCGGAGCCGGCGGGCAGCGACGUCCAGACCAGAGCGCGUGUGGCCCGAUGGGGUCAUCCCCUUUGUUAUUGGGGGGAACUUUACUGGCAGCCAGCGGGCAGUCUUCCGGCAGGCCAUGAGACACUGGGAGAAACACACCUGUGUCACCUUCUUGGAGCGCACAGAUGAGGACAGCUAUAUCGUAUUCACCUACCGACCCUGCGGGUGCUGCUCCUACGUGGGUCGCCGUGGUGGGGGCCCCCAGGCCAUCUCCAUCGGCAAGAACUGUGACAAGUUUGGCAUCGUGGUCCACGAGCUGGGCCACGUCAUUGGCUUCUGGCAUGAGCACACACGGCCUGACCGAGACCGCCAUGUCUCUAUUGUACGUGAGAAUAUCCAGCCAGGGCAGGAGUAUAACUUCCUAAAGAUGGAGGUUCAGGAGGUGGAGUCCCUGGGGGAGACGUAUGACUUCGACAGCAUCAUGCACUAUGCCCGGAACACGUUCUCCAGGGGCAUCUUCCUGGACACCAUUGUCCCCAAGUAUGAGGUAAAUGGAGUGAAGCCUCCUAUUGGCCAAAGGACCCGACUCAGCAAAGGGGAUAUCGCCCAGGCCCGCAAACUCUACAAGUGCCCAGCCUGUGGAGAGACCCUGCAGGACAGCACAGGCAACUUCUCCUCGCCUGAGUACCCCAAUGGCUACUCUGCCCACAUGCACUGUGUAUGGCGCAUCUCUGUGACACCUGGGGAGAAGAUCAUUCUGAACUUCACGUCCAUGGACCUGUACCGCAGCCGCCUGUGUUGGUAUGACUAUGUGGAGGUGCGUGAUGGCUUCUGGCGGAAGGCGCCCCUCCGAGGCCGAUUCUGUGGGGGUAAACUCCCUGAGCCCAUCGUCUCCACCGACAGCCGCCUCUGGGUUGAAUUCCGCAGCAGCAGCAAUUGGGUUGGAAAAGGUUUCUUUGCUGUCUAUGAAGCCAUCUGUGGGGGUGACGUGAAAAAGGAUAACGGCCAUAUCCAGUCACCCAAUUACCCAGACGACUACCGGCCCAGCAAAGUCUGUAUCUGGCGGAUCCAGGUGUCUGAGGGCUUCCACGUGGGCCUCACGUUCCAGUCCUUUGAGAUCGAGCGCCAUGACAGCUGUGCCUACGACUACCUGGAAGUCCGAGACGGACACAGUGAGAGCAGCAACCUCAUCGGCCGCUACUGUGGCUAUGAGAAGCCCGAUGACAUCAAAAGUACAUCGAGCCGCCUCUGGCUCAAGUUCGUCUCUGAUGGAUCCAUUAACAAAGCUGGCUUUGCAGUCAACUUUUUCAAAGAGGUGGAUGAGUGCUCUCGGCCCAACCGCGGGGGCUGUGAGCAGCGGUGCCUGAACACCUUGGGCAGCUACAAGUGCAGUUGUGACCCUGGGUACGAGCUGGCCCCAGACAAGCGCCGCUGUGAGGCUGCCUGCGGUGGGUUCCUCACCAAGCUCAAUGGCUCCAUCACCAGCCCGGGCUGGCCCAAGGAAUACCCUCCUAACAAAAACUGCAUCUGGCAAUUGGUGGCACCCACCCAGUACCGCAUCUCCCUGCAGUUCGACUUCUUCGAGACAGAGGGCAAUGAUGUAUGCAAGUACGACUUCGUGGAGGUGCGCAGUGGACUCACAGCGGAUUCCAAGCUGCAUGGCAAGUUUUGUGGCUCCGAGAAGCCAGAGGUCAUCACCUCCCAGUACAACAACAUGCGUGUGGAGUUCAAAUCCGACAACACCGUAUCCAAAAAGGGCUUCAAGGCCCACUUCUUCUCAGAUAAGGACGAGUGCUCCAAGGACAACGGGGGCUGCCAGCAAGACUGCGUCAACACAUUUGGCAGCUAUGAGUGCCAGUGUCGCAGCGGCUUCGUCCUCCAUGACAACAAACAUGACUGCAAGGAAGCUGGCUGUGACCACAAGGUGACAUCCACCAGCGGUACCAUCACCAGCCCCAACUGGCCUGACAAAUAUCCCAGCAAGAAGGAGUGCACAUGGGCUAUCUCCAGCACCCCUGGGCAUCGGGUCAAACUGACCUUCAUGGAGAUGGACAUCGAGUCUCAGCCUGAGUGUGCUUACGAUCACCUGGAGGUGUUCGAUGGGCGUGACACCAAGGCACCGGUCCUUGGCCGCUUCUGUGGCAGCAAGAAGCCCGAGCCUGUCCUGGCCACAGGCAACCGCAUGUUCCUGCGCUUCUACUCAGACAACUCGGUCCAGAGGAAGGGCUUCCAGGCAUCCCAUUCCACAGAGUGUGGAGGCCAGGUGCGGGCAGAUGUGAAGACUAAGGACCUGUACUCUCAUGCCCAAUUUGGUGACAACAACUACCCUGGGGGUGUGGACUGCGAAUGGGUCAUCGUGGCUGAGGAGGGCUAUGGCGUGGAGCUGGUGUUCCAGACCUUCGAGGUGGAGGAGGAGACUGACUGUGGUUACGACUACAUGGAGCUCUUCGAUGGUUAUGACAGCACAGCUCCAAGACUGGGGCGUUACUGCGGCUCUGGGCCUCCUGAGGAGGUGUACUCUGCUGGAGAUUCUGUCCUGGUGAAGUUCCACUCAGAUGACACCAUCACCAAGAAAGGAUUCCACCUGCGGUACACGAGCACCAAGUUCCAGGACACACUCCACAGCAGGAAGUGACCACUGCCCUCUCGCGGGGACGGAAGUCUGGCUUCCCUCAGUCACCUAGACUGGACAGUGAGGGAGGCAGGCAGAGGUGACACACCGUCCCUUACCACCAGGCACCAGGACCUGCAGCGCUGCUGGGCUGAGUGGGGCUGUCUUCAGGAGGUAGGGGUUGGACUUCACACAUGCCACCUGUCUGCAGUCUCCCCACCAGAGUGAGGGGCCUAGGCCAGGGAGCCAGAGCUUCUACUGAGACACUUGAAGUGACCAUUUCUUCCCAAGCCCUGCCCGGUGGCAAGAGGACCUGUCAGUGGGAGCCGGCUGCCAUCCCUGCCGUCGUACACGCUGUAUUGUGUAUAGCCGGCGGCUGUAAUCUUCAUUGUAAUGUACAUUUCCUGCCCUGUCUCCAGCCUCAUUUUGGUUUUAUUUUGACCCCCUUCCCUGGUUUCCUGGAGCAUGAGUGUCCAUGCGUGUCCCCUGGGAGCCACAGUAGGAGAUGGAGAGGAAGAGCUGGAGAAACACGACAGGGCUGCUGCAGGCUCACGGCUGGUCAGCCACACCAGGGUGCACCAGCCAAUAAACUGAA